AUGACUUCCUCGUUUUGGUUCAACAGUCAUGAUAAUCCGAAUCCUCUUUGUAACAUGGGUAGCAAUGAUCCACUCACUCCCGGCGCUGACGUCUGUGUUAUCGGCUCUGGCUUGACUGGCGUCAGCGCUGCAUAUCAUUUAUCUCAGUCAGAGAUCGCUCCCUAUCUCAAGGUUGUUGUGCUAGAAGACAGAGAAUUUUGCUCGGGAGCUACUGGACGUAAUGGGGGAUUUCUCUCCGCAGCUUCGUGCACGUCUAUUGUCAAGCUACAGGAGGAUUACGGAACCAACGAGGCGUUACGGGGUCUGCUGUUGGAACACCAUAGCUACAAUUUCACUAUCGGCAUGCAAGAAAGGCAUGACCUUCUCAAAGAGGCUAGCAUUCUAUUUGGGGACAGUAUCCAGGCGGAAGACGAGUACUUUUCUAACAAGGCUGAUUACAAUGGCGCCAAAGCCGGGGGAAUGGAUGUGACUGGGAUCAAUUGCAGAAGUUCAGGUGCCUAUACCGAUCCAUUUGCAGCAGCAUGGCCUCAGAAGAUUGCGACCCAACUUUAUCUUCUGGCUGAACGACAUUUUUACCUUUCUCUUCACAUUCAUACACCUGUCCUUUCUGUCAACACACCGGUCGUAACACCUGGUCACUGGUUAUGCCUCGCGGAUCCGUGGAAUGCAAGCUUGGCUAUGCCAUCUUUCUUGAAUCCAUUUGAAGAUAUGAGGGAUCACAAAAAAAUCUGGGGCUUGGUAAAACGAAAUUAUAGUAUACGAGGGCUAGGGGUCAACAUUUUCGGCAUGAUUUCCCAUCCUGGGACCGAAAUUGUGAUAGGAUCGGAAUUGUCCAGAGGCCACUCUGAGGGCAGUGUACUCUCGUGGCGCACAAGCGAAUAUGAAAAUAAUGUAACACCGUCUUCUACGGCAAGUCCAGAGCUUAGCAUCGGGGAAAACAGGACUAGAGUGGUAUCUCUGUUCCUGAAGGUGGAGAGAUGA